AUGAUCAGGGUACUGAUACGAGAUUGCCACGCCCGCAUCCACAAGUACCGCCAGAUAAUUGAACAUCAUUCGUUAACUUGCCAGUCGAUCUUUACGGCACACGAGCUGGGGGUCCUCAAAGCAUCAAUUCUCGACAGCGCACGCCGUCACCGCAAGUUGCGUGCUGACCAGUUGUCCGGAAAAUUUGAGAAAAUAAGUCCGCCAAAGCAGCCGUCUACUGACGGUGCCUUCGUUCACAACUUAUCCUCUCAUCGUUUCACUCAGCAACAACUAGCCAUUCUAUCCUAUGACGCGAAGUUCAACACAAGUUAUGCUCGACCAGAAGACUUUAUUGCAUCCUUUGCAUCGGCGAUCCAGAAGUGUGAGGCAGGCGAGGAGUGCAAAAACGCCAUGCGACAACAAGUGUCGACCUUACUCCUCCAACACAAACGCCAGAUGACGAUUUUUAAAGCAGAAGAUCGAGAACUUCUGAAGAUACGAAAAAUGAAGGAUAUCGUCACCCUGCCCGCCGACAAGGGGCGCUCGACUGUCGUCAUGGAUAAGGCUGAGUACUGCACAAAACUAGGCAACCUCUUAAUGGACAAGGAAGCUUAUGUGCCAUCGACCGUCAGCGAGUUUAAAAAGCUCGUAAACUGCAUAAACAAUACGAUCGGCAAGCUGAGGAAGGCGGGAGCUCCUACGAGAAGGGAGGCGUUGGCCGCAAAAGCCAGUGAUACCACGAUGGCGCGCUUUUACGGCCUACCAAAGGUCCACAAGCAGGAGGUGCCGCUAUGCCCCAUCGUCUCCUUACGUGGUACUCCAAAGUUUGGGCUGUCAAAGUGGCUGUACCAAUGA